CCCUCCCUCCCUCGCCGACCGAGGAGCAAGGUUUAAGAGAGAGAGGGGGGGAUUAAAUCGAGCAAGAAGAAGAAGAAAUAAAAAAAAUAAAAUCAAAAAAAAACGCCAACGAUUUAAAAAAAAAAAAAUGUCGGGCAGCGAGGAUGAGAGGGAAGACUUUGGAGCCGUGGACGAGCACUCACUUCUUCACGGUGAGGACGAGCCGGAGGAUGCUGUGUCCGACGUGGACGAGGUACCCAAGUCCAAGAAGAAAAAGAAAGCCAAGAAGAGCAGCCGAGAGAGCAGGAGCAGCAAGAGGCAGAGACCCAUCAGAGAGGAGUUGCCUGUCAGCUCCCCAGAGCACCUGAUCGGAGUAGAAGCAGCAGAGAGGGAUGCAGACGAGGGAGGUGUGCGGUCAGAGAGCGAAGGAAGUGAUUAUGCCCCCGGGAAGAAAAAGAAGAAACGCUCCAGCUCAGCCAAAGAUAAGAAGAAAGGAGGUGCGGCAGCAGAGAAGGGAGGUUCAUCCGGCUCAAAGAGCAAACGCAAAGAACCAGAACCAGAAGAUGAUGAGGAUGAUGACGACGAUUGCCAGCCUAAAAGCUCCACCCAGCUGCUGGAGGCCUGGGGCAUGAAAGACAUUGACCACGUCUUUACUCAGGAAGACUACAGCUCCCUCACUAACUACAAGGCCUUCAGCCAGUUCGUUAGGCCUUUAAUUGCAGCUAAGAACCCCAAAAUAGCAGUGUCCAAGAUGAUGACUUUAAUGAUGGCUAAAUGGAGAGAAUUCAGCACCAACAACCCUCUGAAGGGUUGCGCCACUGCCAAUGCAGCCCUGGCAGCUGCCAAUGUGGCUGCAGCUGUGGAGAACAUGGUGGUGGCAGGGACAGACGGAGGGGCAGAGUCCGGUACUGCCACUUCACCCACACCUGCUCCUGCUGCUGCUCCGACACCUGCUGCACCGCCGGCAGCCCCAGCACCUCCCCUCCGCAAGGCCAAAACCAAAGAGGGCAAAGGUCCCAAUGCUCGCAAGAAGUCGAAGCCCGCGCCUAAACCCCCGCCGAAACCUAAACCUAAGAAGGUUGCUCCACUCAAGAUCAAACUGGGGGGCCUCAACAGCAAAAGGAAGCGCUCCUCUAGUGAUGAAGAUGAACCCGAAGUUGACAGUGACUUUGACGACGGGGGUUUCUCUGUGUCAGAUGGCUCCAACCGCAGCAGCCGCCCCAAGAAGAAACCCAAGAGUGCCAAGAAAAAGAAGAAAGUGGAGACGGAGGACGGCGAUGGCUACGAGACAGACCACCAGGACUACUGUGAGGUGUGCCAGCAGGGAGGAGAGAUAAUUUUGUGUGACACCUGUCCCCGAGCCUAUCACAUGGUCUGUCUGGACCCUGACAUGGAGAAAGCACCUGAGGGCAAGUGGAGCUGCCCACACUGUGAGAAGGAGGGGAUCCAGUGGGAGGCCAGGGAUGAGCUCUCUGAGGCCGAAGGGGAGGAUGAGGAAGACAGGAGGGAUGAACAGGAGGGAGAAGACGACCACCACAUUGAGUUCUGCCGUGUGUGCAAGGAUGGAGGGGAGCUGCUUUGCUGUGACACCUGCCCCUCCUCCUACCACAUCCACUGCCUCAACCCUCCUCUCCCUGAAAUCCCCAAUGGAGAAUGGAUCUGCCCCCGCUGCAAGUGUCCACAGAUGAAGGGCAAAGUCCAGAAGGUUUUAACAUGGCGAUGGGGGGAGCCGCCAGCUCCCACGCCUGUCCCUCGGCCUGCUGAUCUCUCUCCUGAUGCCCCUGAUCCCCCGCCGCUGGCGGGCCGCAGGGAGAGGGAGUUUUUUGUGAAAUGGUGCAAUUUGUCCUACUGGCACUGCUCCUGGGUGCUGGAGCUACAGUUGGAGCUGAACUGCCAGGUGAUGUUCCGUAACUACCAGAGGAAGACUGACAUGGACGAACCGCCUCCUGUGGAUUUUGGAGGUGAAGGUGAUGAUGAUAAAAGCACCAAGAGGAAGAACAAAGAUCCUCUCUUUGUCCAUAUGGAAGAGGAGUUUUACCGCUAUGGAGUCAAGAUGGAGUGGCUGAUGAUCCACCGCAUCCUCAACCACAGUGUCGAUAAAAAGAACAAUGUACAUUACUUGAUCAAAUGGAGAGAUCUGCCCUAUGACCAGUCAACCUGGGAGAGUGAAGACAUGGACAUCCCAGAGUUUGACACCUACAAACAGACAUACUGGAAUCACAGGGAGCUGAUGGUGGGUGAGGAGGGCAGGCCUGGUAAGAAGCUGAAGAAAGCAGUCAAAGUCAAGAAGGCAGAGCGACCACCUGCUAAUCCAGUUGUAGAUCCCACCAUCAAGUUUGAUCGGCAGCCUGACUACCUGGACAGCACAGGAGGCACUCUGCAUCCAUACCAGCUGGAGGGGUUGAACUGGCUGAGGUUUUCUUGGGCUCAGGCCACAGACACGAUUCUGGCUGAUGAGAUGGGUUUAGGCAAGACUGUGCAGACGGCUGUCUUCCUCUACUCAUUGUACAAGGAGGGUCACUCCAAAGGUCCCUUCCUAGUUAGUGCUCCCCUGUCCACCAUCAUUAAUUGGGAGAGAGAGUUUGAGAUGUGGGCCCCUGACAUGUACGUGGUGACCUACAUAGGGGACAAAGACAGCAGGGCUGUCAUCAGAGAGAACGAGUUUUCCUUUGAAGGAAAUGCAAUCCGAGGUGGGAAAAAAGCAUCUAAGAUGAAGAAAGACUCACCAGUCAAGUUCCACGUCCUGCUGACAUCGUAUGAGUUGAUUACCAUUGACCAGGCUGUGCUGGGGUCCAUUGAAUGGGCCUGUCUGGUUGUGGACGAGGCUCACAGGCUCAAAAACAACCAGUCCAAGUUUUUCAGAGUGUUGAACAACUACCCGCUGCAACACAAGCUGCUGCUAACUGGUACUCCUCUUCAGAACAACCUGGAGGAGCUCUUCCACUUGCUGAACUUCCUGACCCCAGAGAGAUUCAACAACCUAGAAGGGUUUCUGGAGGAGUUUGCAGACAUUGCCAAAGAGGACCAGAUCAAGAAGCUCCAUGACAUGCUGGGACCACACAUGCUCAGGAGGCUGAAGGCUGAUGUAUUCAAACACAUGCCUUCAAAGACCGAGCUCAUUGUUAGAGUGGAGCUGAGCCCCAUGCAGAAGAAAUACUACAAGUUCAUCCUAACACGUAACUUUGAGGCCCUGAACACUCGUGGAGGAGGAAACCAAGUCUCCCUGCUUAAUGUGGUGAUGGACCUGAAAAAGUGCUGCAAUCACCCCUACCUCUUUCCUGCAGCUGCCACAGAGGCACCAAAACUACCUAAUGGCAUGUAUGAGGGCAAUGCUCUGACAAAGUCCUCAGGAAAACUGAUGCUGCUUCAGAAGAUGAUGAGGAAGCUGAAGGAGGGCGGCCACAGGGUUCUGGUCUUCUCCCAGAUGACCAAAAUGCUGGACCUGCUGGAGGACUUCCUGGAGAACGAGGGAUACAAAUAUGAGAGAAUUGAUGGAGGAGUCACUGGAAACUUGAGACAGGAAGCCAUCGACCGCUUUAAUGCUCCCGGUGCUCCCCAGUUUGCUUUCCUCCUCUCGACCAGGGCUGGUGGUUUGGGCAUCAAUCUCGCCUCUGCUGACACAGUCAUUAUCUACGACUCUGACUGGAACCCCCACAAUGACAUCCAGGCAUUCAGCAGAGCUCACCGUAUUGGCCAGAACAGGAAAGUGAUGAUUUAUCGCUUCGUUACCAAAGCCUCUGUGGAGGAGAGGAUCACGCAGGUGGCAAAGAAGAAGAUGAUGCUCACCCAUCUGGUGGUGCGACCCGGUCUCGGCUCCAAGACAGGCUCCAUGUCCAAGCAGGAGCUUGAUGACAUCCUCAAGUUUGGAACUGAAGAGUUGUUCAAGGAUGAAAUCGGAGAAGGGGACAGCAAGGAGGAUGACAGCAGUGUGAUUCACUACGAUGACCACGCAAUUGACCGUUUGCUAGACAGGAACCAGGAUGCCACAGAUGACACUGAGCUGCAGAGCAUGAACGAAUACCUUAGCUCCUUUAAAGUGGCCCAGUAUGUGGUCAAAGAUGAAGACGAUGAGGAGGAGGAGGUGGAACGGGAGGUGAUCAAGCAAGAGGAAAGUGUUGAUCCCGAUUACUGGGAGAAGCUGCUGCGUCACCACUACGAGCAGCAGCAAGAGGAUCUCGCCCGAAAUCUGGGCAAAGGCAAAAGAACUCGAAAGCCAGUCAACUACAAUGACGGCUCCCAGGAGGACCGAGACUGGCAGGAGGAUCAGUCUGAUAACCAGUCGGACUACUCGGUGGCCUCGGAGGAGGGCGACGAGGACUUUGAUGAACGGAGUGAAGCGAAUGCCCGCAGACCGAACCGUAAAGGGCUGAGGAACGAUCGGGACAAACCUCUGCCUCCGCUGUUGGCAAGAGUGGGCGGGAACAUCGAGGUUUUGGGCUUCAAUGCACGACAAAGGAAGGCUUUCCUGAAUGCAGUGAUGCGUUAUGGGAUGCCUCCACAGGAUGCUUUCACCAACCAAUGGCUGGUUAGGGACCUCCGAGGAAAGUCUGAGAAAGAAUUUAAGGCCUAUGUGUCUCUGUUCAUGCGGCACCUUUGUGAGCCGGGAGCUGAUGGAGCGGAGACCUUUGCAGAUGGUGUUCCACGCGAGGGUCUGUCGAGGCAACACGUGCUUACCCGUAUUGGUGUGAUGUCACUUAUAAUUCUCAAACAGCUCGAGGAACUGCUGAGCGACAUGAAGGCCGACGUCACACGUCUGCCGGCAACCAUCGCCAGGAUACCCCCUGUCGCUGUGCGGCUGCAAAUGUCUGAGAGGAACAUCCUCAGCCGACUGGCCAGCCGGGGCCCCGAGGUCACCGCUCAGAACCAAUCACAGACUUCACAGCAGAUGCAGGUGCCGCGCUGACCAACCACCUUGCACGUUUCCCACUCAGACUGAGGCCAGUCGCUCUCACCUCACCGCCAUGUAGCAGACGUCCUUCCUCUCAGCCCCCAUGUACAGCACAGUCAGGUUAGUCCUCCUCGUUCUGCACCCAUAGCCCAUCUCCGGACUCAGAAGAGCAUCAGCUGUGCUGCUGGACUUUGAUUUGGAAAGACUGGAACUGUAGAUGUAGGAUGGGAGUGAAUGGAAGAGUCACUUCUUUCUGUGGCAGACUAGAGACAAGUCUUUCUCCUCCACUGGGAUUCAGAUUUAACUCCUAUAACCUAAGCACUGUCGAACUGCGGGAUGCUCCACUGACCUGUCCUGCUCUGUCUUCACAGCAGGGUCAAACGUGUGUGUGUAACUAUAUGUAACAUGAAAGCUGAAGAAGCAGCAUGUUUGGAGUAUACUGGUGCUUUGUAGUAAUUUUUUGGAUUAUUAAAGAAUUCAAGGGA